UCUGCUGCAGUCUGGCACCUUAAGCCCGGGCUCACUCUCUCUCUGAGAGAGGGCCCGUGGUUCUCUCCGACCUGUUGGGACGCGGACAUGGCACAGUGGAGUAUGCUGCAGCAGCUGGAGUCCAGGUACCUGGAGCAGGUGGACCAGCUUUAUGAUGAUACCUUUCCAAUGGAGAUCAGACAGUAUCUGAGCCAGUGGAUCGAGAGCCAUGACUGGGAGUCUGUCGCCACCAGUGACUCGUUGGCAACAGUUCGUUUUCAUGACCUGCUGGCCCAGCUAGACGACCUGUACAGCCGAUUCGCUCUGGAAAAUAACUUUCACCUGCAGCACAACAUCCGCAAGAUCAAGCGCAAUCUGCAGGAGCACUUCCAGGAGUUUCCAGUGCACAUGGCUAUGCUUAUCUGCAACGCACUAAAAGAAGAGAAGAAGAUCCUCAACAUGGCCAUUAAAACAGAGGAGAAUGCAGGCUCAGCACAGAACAACAGCAUGGGAGGAAAGCACAGAGAACUGGACAAGAAAGUGAGCAAGUUAAGGAAGAUGGUGCAGGAUGCAGAAAUAAAUAUAAAAUCAUUAGAAGACCUUCAAGAUGAGCAUGACUUCAAGAAGAACACUCUUCAGAGCCGAGACCAGGAGCCGAACGGGCUGAAGGAUCAGGAGCACAAACGAGAGGAGUUGCUGAUAAAGGAGAUGUUCAUCAGACUAAACAUGAAGAGGGAGCAGGUCGUGCAUCAGGUAGCUGAGGCUCUGAAAAUGACGGAUCACAUCCAGUUCAGUCUGACCACGGAGGAGCUGCCCGAGUGGAAGAGGCGCCAGCAGGUCGCCUGCAUCGGCGGCCCCCCCAACACCUGCCUCGACCAGCUGCAGUCAUGGUUCACGUCGGUGGCGGAAGCUGCAGGAGCUGGUGCAGAAGUACACAUACGAAAACGACCCCAUCGAUCAGGGGGUCAACUCAUUGGAGGAACCUCGCUCCUUCACAACAGUGCCUUGGUGCUGGAGAGGCAGCCUUGCAUGCCCACGCACCAACAGAGACCCCUAAUCCUCAAGAUAGGGGUGCAGUUCACCGUCAAACUCAGAUUGCUGGUGAAACUCCCAGAGCUGAACUUCCAGUUGAAGGUCAAAGUUUUGUUUGACAAGUGCAUCAUGGGAUUUGUGAGUAAGGAGCGUGAGAAGUUGCUGCUGAGGGAUAAGAGUCCGGGGACCUUCCUGCUGCGCUUCAGCGAGAGCAGAAAAGACGGAGCCAUCACCUUCACCUGGGUGGAGCACACAGUCAGCGAAGGUCCUAUGGUCCAUGCUGUGGAGCCCUACACAAAGAAAGAACUGGCAGCCAUUUCUUUCCCAGACAUCCUGCAUCACUAUGAGGUUAUGGCAGCAAGUAACCUGCCAGACAACCCCUUAGUCUUCCUGUAUCCCGACAUUCCCAACGAUAACGCCCUUGGACGCUACUACAGCCGGCCUCCAGAGGAGGAACGAUCAGCAAAACUGAUGGAUGUUGAGGGACAGAACAGCUCAUGUCGUUUCCUACCCCGUCUACUCAUCUCAGUGAUCGUUCCACUAGGGAGCAGCGAGGGGUCAUUGAAGGCACUCGGCAAGGCAGGGAUAAGAGAAGGAAUUGGGGAGCUUGUGGGUUGA